UCACCUGGCUUGCACUGCUUUUCUAUGGUCUCUCAAACAGUAAAAGCUUGACACAGGUGAUCAUUUCAAACCAAACAACAACGACAGUUGGAAACACUCACAUGAUAUCGGUAGUUCCAUGAUGGACUCAAAUCAAUAUUUGAAAAAGACAGCAGAAGCAAUACCUCCAAAGGAAAGGGAAACUAGACGCUGCAAUAGAUUCAAGAUGUUCUUAGUAGCCCUGUCAUUGAGCUUUAUGUGUAAGGGACUAGGUGGAGUCAUCAUGAAAAGUUCCAUCACUCAAAUAGAAAGGAGAUUUGACAUAUCAUCUUCGAUUUCUGGCUUAAUUGAUGGAGGCUUUGAAAUUGGAAAUUUGUUUGUGAUUGUAUUUGUGAGUUACUUUGGAUCCAAACUACACAGACCAAAGAUAAUUGGAAUUGGUUGCUUCAUUAUGGGAACUGGAAGUAUUUUGACUGCUUUACCACAUUUCUUUAUGGGAUAUUACAGGUACUCUAAAGAAACUCUUACUGAUCCAUCAGAAAAUUUAACAUCAAGCUUAUCAACCUGUUCACUUGAUCAGAAUUUGUUACUCAAUAGAACAUCACCUGAAGUAGUAGAAAAAGGUUGUGAAAAGGAAUCUGGGUCAUAUAUAUGGAUAUAUGUACUCCUGGGUAAUAUGCUCCGUGGAAUUGGGGAAACCCCCAUAGUACCCUUGGGGAUUUCUUACAUUGAUGAUUUUGCUGAAGAAGGACAUUCUUCUUUUUAUUUAGGUACUUUGCAUGCACUAUCAAUGGUUGGUCCAAUCAUUGGCUUUAUACAGGCAUCUCUGUUUGCUAAAAUAUACGUGGAUAUUGGAUAUGAAGAUCUCAGCAAUAUCAGAAUAACUCCUAAGGACUCUCGCUGGGUUGGUGCUUGGUGGCUUGGUUUCCUUGUGGCUGGAAUAUUAUCUAUUAUGUCUUCCAUACCAUUCUUUUUCCUGCCCAAAAAUCUGGAUAAAUCACAGAAAGAAACAUCUUUGGAUUUGCUCAAAACAAAUGAGGAAAGGACUCACAUGGCUGACGUGACCAACCAUGGGCAAAAUGUUAGUGAAAAUAUAAGUGGUUUUUUCCAGUCCUUGAAAUGCAUCCUUACCAAUCCCCUAUAUGUUAUAUUACAGUGUUUGUCAUUAACGCUAGCCAGUAGCCAUAUUGGUGUUAUUACUUAUGUCUCCAAAUACAUAGAGCAACAGUAUGGUUACUCAACAUCUGAGGCUAACAUUUUGCUUGGAAGCUUAACCUUACCAACUGUUGCAACUGGAAUAUUUAUAGGAGGAUAUAUCGUUAAGAAAUUCAAACUUACCUUGCUUGGAAUGGCCAAAUUAUCAUUUUAUACCAAUGUAUUGGCCUUCAUAUUUCAACUAUUAAAUUUUGCAUUAAUUUGUGAAAACAGAUCAGUUGCUGGCCUAACUUUGACCUAUGAUGGAAAUAAUCCAGUGGCAUCUCAUAUAAAUGUACCACUUUCUUAUUGCAACUCAGACUGCAAUUGUGAUCAAAAUCACUGGGAACCAGUCUGUGGAGACAAUGGAAUAACUUACAUGUCACCUUGUCUAGCAGGAUGCAAAUCUUCAAAUGGCAAUAAAAAGUCUAUGGUGUUUUAUAACUGUAGUUGUGUGGAAGUAACUGGUGUCCAGAACAAAAAUAAUUCGGUGACUUUGGGUGAAUGCCCAAGAGAUAGUCAAUGUACAAAAAAAUUUUAUAUUUAUGCAGUGGUGCAAGUCUUGAAUUAUUUUUUCUCUUCAUUGGGAAGCACCCCAACUGUCUUGCUGGUUUUUAAAACUGUUCAACCUGAACUGAAAUCCCUUGCGGUGGGUUUCCAUUCACUAACUAUACGAGCAUUAGGAGGAAUUCCAGCUCCUAUAUAUUUUGGGGCUCUGAUUGAUAGAGCUUGUAUGAAAUGGUCAACCAGCAGCUGUGGGAAACAAGGGUCUUGCAGGAUAUAUGAUUCCACAUUAUAUGGAAAUACCUUCACGGGCUUGACUGAGAGCUUAAGAUUUUCAGCACUUAUUUUAUUUGUUGUAUUAAUUUCCACUAUGAAGAAAAUAUAUCAAGGAAAAGAUACCAAGGCAUCAGAAAAUGGAAGAAAAGAUACAAAUGAAGCAAACUUAGAAUCCUUAAAUAAUGAUGGAUAUUUUGUACCUUCUGCCAAAACAGACAAUGAAACACAUAUGUAAGGGGAGAAAAAAAAUUAGGUUGUUGUGUUGUAAACCAACAUUGUAUUAAUUUAGUAAGAUGGUAUUUUGAGCAGUUCUUGGUCUUUCACUAACAGUUCUCCCACACUUAUGAUGGUACAGCAAAUCACCUAUGAAUUUAUAAUAAUGAAAUAGACUAUAAAUGAAAAGAAAUGACAGUAUACAUUGCUUAGGGUAUGGCUAUGCAUUUGAGGUGAAGAUUAAGACACAUGAUCCAUACACAUUUAAAGUGAGAACUAUGGUCAGUAUAUAAUAAAAGAAAAAAUAUUUGCUCAAGUAAUUAUAACUCAAUAAAACCACUGACUAGAAAAUAGAGGGGGAAUGGGAGGAGAGAAAUUAAUAAACUAAAUAAGGAGAGAAGCCUGAUACCUUUUUUAAGCUAGUUUGGCCGAUGUUACUCAAACAUGAAGUUAGUAUGAUAGAACCUUAAUACUAUGAUGACAUUUGUCAUUCAUGUAUUAAGUCAUGUCUUUCACAGACCUUAUUAAUUUAUAAUGUGAAAUUGCAUUCAACUAGAGGCCCAUGAUGCAUCUUCUUCCAACCUUCCAUUAAAAUACUGCUGGAGAAAUAGAGAUAAUUCAGAAUUUGCAAGCUAUGAUUGUCAAACAACAUAUUACGGAAUGUGUUAAGUUUCUUUCAGGACCAUGGAAGUGGAUUAAGAAAACUGACAUUAACUUGAGAAAGCAAAGCCCAUUUAAAAGAUGUGUCUUCAUUCCGUCUGUCUGCUCCCUGGAAGACAUGGUGUCUGUACGAGAUAAUUUACCAGCUGUUUCUCAAUUGCAUAUUUGUGUGUGUGUGUGUUGUUUUUGGUGCACCAAGAGACAGCUUUCACAUCCCCACAAAUAGGACAAGAAGAGAGUGGAUGAGAACAAAUAUUUGAAUAUUGUAUUUGUUAGAUAACAACAGCUUUAUACUGAAUGCUAAAACUUGUAGUUUUUAUACUCAUUAGGUUAAAAGACACUUUCUGGCAUUAGAAUAACCUGUGAAACUUUUUGUUUUAAAAGAGACCAGUUGUGCACCCAACCCAGAGAUUCUGAUUCAAAAUAUUUGUCAUGCAGCCUGGACAUCUCCUUAAAAAAAAAAAAAAUCUGUAUAGUGCCCCUGAUAAAGAGAUACAGAAAAGAAAGCCACAAGAUAGGAGAAGAUAUUAUUGAGUAUAGCAAAGUCACAAAAUAUGAAUGCUUGCUAGAAUCUGAGAAUUAGCUUAGAUGUUAUAUAUAUUAAACUAUUCUCAAGCUGUAGCCCUGAGAAAGGAUUCAUUACUCCACAAGCAGAGAUUUGGAAAAACCACCAACAUGCUAGGUUACUAUGUUACAAGUCUGAUGAGCUCUUAUCUCAGAAAAUAGAGAAAAAUUUGAAGCUGUUUUUUAAAACAUUGCAAAAAAAAAAGGCAACAUCUUGAA